AUGAAGUCCAUCAUCUUUGCUACUCUGACAAGCUUGGCCCUUGCCGCCAGACCUUUCCUCAACGAGGCUGAUACUGNNGGUAGCAUUGACGAAGCACUGGGAAACACACCUGACGGCACUCUACCACCACUCGAGAACAUUGUCGGCCUUCCAGAUUUUGAAUGGGCAGCCCGUCACUACAUGAACAUGAGUGCCUAUACUUACUAUCGCAAUGGCGCUGCUGGCGAGUGGUCCUACCGCAACAACUUGGAGGUCUUCCAACGCUACACUGCUCGUCCUCGUGUCCUCAGAGAUAACUCAAAGAUUAAGUCUACUUUCACUACGUCGAUCCUCGGCCACAACUUUUCGGCACCCUUCUACAUCAGUCCAUGCGCAAGAGGCGCCCUUGGCAAUGAACGUGCCGAACUUGGUCUGGUUGAAGGCGCUUACCAAGGAGACAUUCUAUACAUCCCUUCGGACUUCAGCUCUCUGCCCUUGAAGGAACUGGCCGCCGCAAGACCUUCGAACGGCUCUCAAGUCAUGUGGCAGCAGGUCUACCUCGACGCUUCCAACGACACUGCUACCAAGGCACACUUCAAGGAGAUUGAAGAGUCUGGUGCUCGUGCAAUCGUCUUUACUGUCGAUAGUGCUGGACCUGGUGUGCGUCAUCGUGCCCAGCGUUAUUCUGCCGGCUCAGCAGAUGCAGACUACUCGGCUUUCACAUGGCAGUACUACCAGAAGCUUCAAAACUUCACCAGACUUCCUGUCAUUAUCAAGGGCAUUCAAACAGUGGAAGACGCCAAGAUAGCAGUCAAGUACAAGGCACCAGCAAUUGUCUUGUCCAACCACGGUGGCCGCAACCUCGACGGAAGUCCCUCGGGCUUCGAGGUCGCGCUUGAAAUCCACCAAGAAGCACCUGAGAUUUUCCAACAGAUUGAAGUGUAUGCCGAUGGUGGAGUCAGAUAUGGAAGUGACGUGCUCAAGAUGCUUGCGCUCGGAGUUCGUGCUGUUGGGCUCGGUAGACCGUUCAUGUAUGCCAAUGUGUAUGGUACUGAGGGAGUUGCUAAGGCUGUUGAAUUGUUGAAGGCAGAGAUUGCCAGUGAUGCUGCGCACCUGGGAUUGAGCUCAAUCAAGGACAUUGGGCCGCAGUACUACAAGUGGACACCGAACAACUGGUACAGCUAG